AUGUACAACACCUUUUUCGCCAUUGCGAUCUUUCUUUUUGCGCAUGUCCUUUGCCAGACGCCCUCCACCUAUUUUGUCAACCCUCCUGCGGCGGGAGGCGAACUAUUCUUUGCGGAAAACAAGGCCUACGCUGUUGGUUCGGUGAUUGAUAUUCAAUGGGUCACUGAUGAGGAUGACUACAACAUAUUCCUAUGGCAGCAAAGCCUUGGUGUCCAGUCUGCUGCCGAAGGUAGCGGCCCAAUAUACACGAAAAUACUCGGCUCGGAUGAAGAAGGAGGGUUUUCCUGGACAGUCACACCACAGCAAUUCAGCCUCAAUCAGUCCAAUGUCUUCUUCCUGGCGUUAACACCAGCUGGAGCACAGGAUCUGGAUGGAGCAACAACCUCCCAUUACAUCAACUUGACCGCAGCUUCAGAUACAGCACCACUGAACACGACACCGCUGGUGUCUUCCCCAGCGUCAUCCACACUGGCUCCCUCUACCCAAGCCACAUCGACGUCAAAACCAACGACCACAGCGACAGCCACAUCCACACCUUCCCCAGUUCCUCCCGCGCCACAAACCGCUAGCCCGUCCACCUCCUCAUCAAGCACGACGAUUGGUGUUGGUGUCGGCCUUGGGCUUGGCAUACCCCUGCUUCUGCUUAUCGGCUUCAUCGCAAUACCACGACGGUACCGCAGAAAACUCUUCGCAGCCAAGCCGCCUUCGUACGCCAACAGUAUUGACAGGGACAAUGUGUAUACUUUUAGUGCCCAGCCAGCCAAGAGCUACAUCGGUGAGCUACCUAGCAGAGAACUUGGUCACUCUUCUCUUGCGGAAAGUAGGCCGAAUGUGCAUGCGGAAGCAGUGGAAUUAGAUGGGUGGCAAAUGCGGAUGUCAAGAGCAGGCCGUACAGUUGCAAACAACAGCUGA